CCUUCUUCAGGCCCGGUGGCCCACCCUGAGCGUCUGAAUCUGCCCACCCUUCUACCACCCAACCUGGGCAUCCCUCUCAUCGGGCCACCUGGCUUCACUCCGGGCCCACCAUGGGAGGAUGCUUCUCCAAACCCAAAGAAGUAGAGGUCAAAGUUGAGCUCGCUCUUUUGGAGAAAGAGAAGGAAGUCGACCUGUUGUCUCCUAACGGAAAGGCCAGUCCGUUUUCAGAAUGCAGACCUAACGGAUCGCUGGGACAUUGUUCGGACGAGGACGCCGUGACUCUGCAGCCACAGCGCAAACACAGAGACUACAUAGAGGCGUCUGUUUGUCACGUCAGAGACCUUGAAAAUGGACAAAUGCGUGAAGUCGAUUUGGGAACAGGCCGAGCUCUGCUUAUAAAGAAACACGGAGAGUAUUUUGCCAUGGGACAUAAAUGCCCACAUUAUGGUGCUCCACUGGUUAAAGGUGUGCUGUCGAAAGGGCGCGUGAGAUGUCCAUGGCAUGGGGCGUGCUUUAACAUCGCUACGGGUGAUAUUGAGGAUUUUCCUGGGUUAGACAGUUUGCCCACCUUCCAGGUUAGAGUUGAAAAGGAGAAGGUGAUUGUAAGAGCAAACAAGCAGGCCCUUCAAACCCAGCGGCGGACAAAGGCCAUGUCAAAGUGUUCUGCUGUCAUUAAUUCCAGCAGUGGAUUCAGUCAUGUUCUCAUCAUUGGAUCAGGUCCUGCUGCUCUGGUGUGCGCUGAGACUCUGAGGCAGGAGGGUUUUACCGAUCGUGUUGUGAUUUGCACCACGGACAAACAUCCACCAUACGACAGGCCUAAACUGAGUAAGUCUUUGGAGAGCACAGCCGAGCAGCUACAGAUGAGAUCCUCUGAGUUUUUUCAGACGUAUGAUAUUGAGCUACUGUUAGAAAAAGAGGCUGUGUCUGUCGAUGUUAAAUCCAAGACUGUGUUGUUUCGGGAUGGUUUUAAAAUGGAGUAUCGAAAACUCUUAAUCGCCACAGGCAGCAGACCAAAACCUUUAAGCUACAAAGGGAAAGAUGUGGGAAAUGUGUUUCAUCUCAGAACACCAGAAGAUGCCAACAGCAUCGCUGCCCUCGCCAGCAAUAAGAAUGCCGUCAUUGUGGGAACUUCAUUUAUUGGUAUGGAGGUGGCCGCGGCUCUGACAGAUAAAGCUCAUUCGGUCUCUGUCAUCGGUAUAGAUGCGGUGCCAUUCCGGAAAGCACUUGGAGAAAAAGUUGGGAAAGUCUUGAUGAAGCUGUUUGAAUUAAACAGAGUGAAGUUUUACAUGUUGAAUGAGGUGUGGGAGAUGAGAGGCCAUAAUGGACAGUUAAAAGAAGUGGUUCUGAAAAGUGGCAAAGUCUUACGAGCAGAUGUCUGUGUUAUUGGUACAGGCUCAAGUCCAGCCACUGCAUUUCUUAAGCAAAGUGGGAUUCACAUGGACUCCAAGGGCUUCAUCCCAGUCAAUAAGACCAUGCACACCAACAUGGACGGGGUAUUUGCCGCAGGCGAUGUGGUAACAUUUCCCCUGGCUCUACGCAGCAAUAAGAAGGUGAACAUUCCCCACUGGCAGAUGGCACAUGUACACGGCAGGGUGGCCGCUCUUAGCAUGAUGGGAAAGCCCUCAGAAAUUAAAGCGGUGCCUUAUUUCUGGACAGCCAUGUUUGGGAAAAGCAUACGAUAUGCAGGUUACGGCGAUGGCUUCGAUGACGUCGUCAUCCAGGGAGAUUUGGAUGAGCUAAAAUUUGUGGCAUUUUACACAAAGAGUGAAGAGGUGGUAGCGGUGGCCAGUAUGAACUACGACCCCAUUGUGUCACGGGUCGCUGAAGUCUUCGGCUCUGGAAAGACGAUUAGGAAACGUGAUGUGGAGACAGGAGACAUGUCGUGGCUGAUCGAGAAAGGCCCACAGUGAAGAUAGUAUUCCUCCUCUGUGCCAAACCUGUGUACAAACUCCUUAAACAGACCUAGUCUUAGCAUCACAGCUGGUUAAAACGGGACACUAGAUAGGAGAUACAUGCUGUGAGCACCUGGGCCGUGCCUGGUUUAUGUGCUGAAGACCUCAUCCCCAUGAGGUCCAACAUCUCCGGACCUGGAUCCGUUCACAGUGCUAACAAACGAGCCAUAACUGGUAUCGAACGCUCUGUCCUAGAUGGGACGUCUCUCUCUCUCUCUCUCUCUUCUGUGGGUUGGUUGACCUCUGCUUUAGCAUGAAGCAUUUUUCUGUAUGCAGUGGUCAAAGGGGAAUUAUCUUAUUUUAUUUUGUACAUGAUAAACCGUGUAAAGCUGUUACCCAAAGAUGCAUUUAAGCAUCUAGACGGCACUUUUUCUACCGAUUAGCCUGGCAUGAGACCUCAUGUAUGGAUCGCAUCACAUUAUGCGGUCCCAUGCGCCUUUGCCUGCGGCAGUUUAUGAGAAUCAUGUAGGAAAUUUGGUUCGUAGCUGUAGACAGCAGAUGCAUGAUAAUAAAACGUAUUAUUUUUCAUUAAAGGAAAACACCAACGUUUUCAAUAUUUUACUAUGUCCUAACCUCAACUUAGAUGAAUUAAUACAUCCCUAUCUUUUUUCAAUUCAUGCACUUUAAUCUUUGUACAGCGCUUUGUACAGCGUUAGCAUUUAGCCUAGCCCCAUUCACUCCUAUGGCUCCAAAUAAAAGCUUUAUUUUGUGUCACCAUACUUACUCGUGUAACUACUCAUGUAAGAGUCUUUAAAUAGGGAAAACCAUAGAUAUGUAUAAGGGCUAGAUGUGUUACGGCGGAGUCUCUAACGUCAUCGCCUGCCGGUGUCAUGAGCAAUUGGGUCCCCACGAGCAAUUCGGUCUCCCCUAGGACCCCGAUUGGUACCUAGCACUAAUGCCUGCUCAAAAAUUUGUCAUUGCGAUAUCUCGUCUGCGUAUGCGGCUAGCAAGCUAAUUAUGUUGUACAAAAAAGAAGCAUACAUUUUUAAAAAAAUAAAAGUUAACAAAAAAAUAAUAUAAUAAACUAAUAUUC